AUGUUACAUGUUCUUCUCUCUAACAUAGAUCGAGCAUCAUUAUUCAGUGUAUUUAGAUCACUGUAUCUAAGACAAGAGAUAUUCAGUCAUGUUGAAGAGAUAAAUAAUAGAUUAAAAGAUCAUCAGAGUGAUGGUGGUUGGAUGAGACCAAGAAUAACAAGAAAAGGAAGAGAUAUCAUCAAUUUAGCACAUCUUGCAAUGAUAUCACAGUAUGCAAUGCCAUGGGAGUUUAUCAAACAUUAUCUGCCACCUAGAGAAGAGGUAUUGUUAAAGAGAAGAGUGAAUGAAAUCACUCUCUAUUGUUCACAUCCCAAUGCAACAUUGGAUACACUAUUACAUCUAUUGAAAUGGUCUGGUGAUUAUAAUCCUACACUUGUUGAAGGUCAAAAAGUAAACAUUGAAGAGAUAAUAAGAAAUGGAAACAAAGAUAUAUUUGAAUUCUUUGUCAACAACUACCCAACCACCAUUGAUUACAAACGAUCAAGACAAUGGGCAGCUGAUAGUGGACAUUUAUCGAUUCUCGAGUAUAUUGAUUCUUCUCCUCCUUCUGCUGCUCAAGUAGAGUUUGACAAUAUGAUCAACUUGGAUUUUCCGGCAGCAUAUGGACAUUUACAUGUUUUAGAGUAUUUGCACAAUCGCGGUGAAGGUGAUCGAGGUAAUAUAAAAGGAGACAAUGCAAUAGAUAAUGCUUCAUGCACAUCCAAAUUGGAUGUAGUAAAGUUUCUUCAUUACAAUACAACUAAUGGAUGUACUACCAAUGCAAUGGAUUCAGCCAUUUUAUAUGGAGACAUUGAAUUAUUAAAGGUUUGCAUUUUUCUUCAUUUUAAUAGGACCGAGGGAUGUUCGGAUAAUUCAAUCGAUAUAGCAUCAGAGUGUGGUCACCUUGAUAUUGUUAAAUUUCUACAUGAACAUAGAAGUGGAGGAUGCACAAAAAGAGCUAUGGAUAAAGCAGCAAAGAAUGGAUUUUAUUCAGUUGUAGAAUGGUUACACCAAAUUAGAAGUGAAGGAUGCACAGAAGAUGCUAUGGAUAUGACAAAUAGCUUUGAAAUCGUUAAAUUCCUUCAUACCCAUAGGUCAGAGGGAUGCACAACAUGGGCAAUUGACUAUGCCGCAUGGCAUCAAAAUUUGGAUAUCUUAACUUUCCUCCAUCACAAUAGAACUGAAGGUGCAACAACAAGAGCCAUUAACUGGGCUGCAGAAGAAAAUAACAUCAAUGCUGUAAAUUUUCUUUAUGAGAAUAGGACAGAAGGAUGUGAUCCUAAUAUUAUAGAUAAAAUUUGUUGUAAACCCAAUGUUGGUUUGGAUAUGAUCAUAUUUCUACAUGAAAAGCUCAACAAACAAUGUAGUGCCAAAGGAUUAAAAAGUGCCAUAAAGAAUACAAAUUUGGAUAUCAUUCAAUAUCUCUCAAAACAAACACCACCUGAUUUAUGGACACAAGAAUUAAUUUUUCCUGCAAUCAAAAGAGGUGAUUUAAAUAUUGUCAAGUUUAUACUUGAUAGUCGACCACAUCUCAACACUCACAAUGCUAUUGAUAUUGCCUCUAUUCAAGGACACUUUGAUCUUGUUCAAUAUCUUCAUAAACAUCGCGCGGAAGGAUGUACCACUGCUGCGAUGGAUCAAGCUGCUAGAUAUAAUCAUUUUGAAAUUUUAAAGGUACCUUUUUUUCUUCAUUUUAAUCGAACAGAAGGGUGUACAACCAAUGCUAUGGAUAGAGCAGCACAUUCAGGAUAUUUGGAAAUAGUAGAGUUUCUUCAUAAACACAGAACUGAGGGAUGCACUGAAUGGGGUGUUCACCAUGCUACACCUUCUUUCAAACCCAAUUACAAUGUUGUAAAAUACCUAUUGGAUAACAAACUUGUACCCAAACAUUUAAUCAAACGUGAUCAAGUCAAUACAGUAUGCUUUGAAGUUGUCGAACUUGUAAAUCAAUAUUUGGAUAAUGAUGAUGAAAAUCAAUAA